UCCGUCCUCACGGAAAUGGCUGCGGGUCUGGGCCUGUUACAUUCCUCAAUGGUUACUUGUCGUUGCUAAGCAACUUCAAACGCCUCGGGGAGAGGAACAGAAUGGGACAGGACCUGAAGCGAUACCUGACGAGAUCCGUCCACACUGUACCUGGAGAUAUUUUUGCUGAUCGCUUCUUACUGAACCUCACUGGAGAUGUGGGCCGUUAGUCAACUGCUGCUGUCAUCUUGUUGUUAAGCUGCUCGGUAGUGAUUCUUGAGACAUGGGGUCAGAGUCGGUGAAGGUGGUGGUCAGGUGCAGGCCCCUGAAUGACAGGGAGAAGGCGCUCAGCUGUAAGAUGGUGCUGUCCAUGAACCUGCAGCGCUGCCAGUGCUUCAUAGAAAAGCCAGGUGCAGUGGAUGAGCCACCUAAACAGUUCACCUUUGAUGGGACCUACUAUAUUGAUCAAACAACUGAGCAGAUGUACAACGAGAUUGCUUAUCCUUUGGUUGAGGGUGUGACUGAGGGAUACAAUGGGACAAUUUUUGCUUAUGGACAAACUGGAAGUGGAAAGUCUUUCACCAUGCAAGGGGUGUCUGAACCUGCAACCCAGAAGGGUGUCAUCCCGCGGGCCUUUGAACACAUCUUUGAGAGCAUUCAGUGUGCAGAAAAUACGAAAUUCCUGGUGAGGGCCUCCUACUUGGAGAUUUACAAUGAAGAAAUCCGAGAUCUUUUGGGAAGUGAUGCCAAGCAGAGAUUGGAGCUGAAAGAGCACCCAGAGCGUGGGGUAUAUGUACGGGACCUUUCCAUGCACACUGUGCACAGUGUGGGAGAGUGUGAAAGAAUCAUAGAGAAAGGCUGGAGGAACCGGGCAGUGGGCUACACGCUGAUGAACAAAGACUCCUCACGCUCCCACUCAAUCUUCACCAUCCACCUGGAGAUCUGCAGCACUGAUUCGUCUGACCAGGACCAUCUACGGGCAGGAAAACUCAACCUUGUGGACCUGGCAGGAAGUGAGCGUCAGUCUAAAACUGGUGCUACCGGCGAGCGACUCCGCGAAGCCACAAAGAUCAAUCUUUCCCUCUCGGCCCUGGGAAACGUCAUCUCCGCCCUGGUAGAUGGACGCUCCAAAUACAUCCCCUACAGAGACUCCAAGCUGACCAGGCUGCUGCAGGACUCUUUGGGAGGAAACACCCGCACCCUGAUGAUCGCCUGUCUUUCGCCCGCAGACAACAAUUAUGAGGAAAGCCUAAGUACACUGCGAUAUGCAAACCGGGCCAAGAGCAUCCAGAACAGGCCUCGCAUCAACGAGGACCCCAAGGAUGCUCUGCUCCGAGAGUAUCAGGAGGAAAUCAAGAAGCUGCGGGCGCUCCUCACAGGCCAGCUGAGCACUGCUGACCUUUCAACUCUGCUGGCUGGUCAGUUUUCUGAGUCAUCCCCUGCUGUGCCCUCAAGGCCACAGUCCACCCCCACUGAAGAAAGGAAGGAAAAGAUUAAAGAGGAGUAUGAGGAGAGGCUGGCCAAGUUGCAGGCUGAAUACAAUGCAGAGCAGGAAUCCAAGGCGAAGCUGCAGGAGGACAUUGCUGCUUUGCGUUCCUCCUAUGAAUCAAAACUGUCCAGUCUGGAGAAGGCCAAAGUCAGCAGGGGGAGCUCUGUCCCCAAGAAUGUGGGCGCCAGCUGUACAUCCCAGGUUGCUUUGGAAGAACUCUGCAUGAGCACUGAUCCCAUGUGCCACAGUACAGUUGAGGAAACCUCCCAAACUAAGCUUUCCGAAAAAGAUCCAGAUAGAGCUGGACUCUUGGAGUCUUCUGAUGCAACUGCACCGGGGCCUCUAGACCAGAAACACGUCCUGGAAAGACUGCAGCAGCUGGAACAGGAGGUGGUAGGAGGGGAGCAGGCCAGGAACAAAGAGCUGCAACAAAGACAGCGGCAGAGAAAAAAACUUGCUGACCAGAGAAAAGCUCAGCUUGUCCAUGCUCUGUCAGAGAACAGCGAGGAGAGCGAAAAUGUGCUGCUGAAUGUCUACAACUCUAUCCAGGAAGAAGUCCAUGCCAAAAACCAAAUGCUAGUCAAAGUUCAGGGCAAGCUGAAAGCAGCCAAACUGGAGAUCCGUGACCUGCAGGCAGAGUUUGAGGUGGAGAGGAAUGACUACCUGGCGACUAUACGCAGGCUGGAGAAGGAAGGGCAGCUCCUGCACAGCCUGCUGGAGCGUAUGGUGCCUCUGGUGCGCCGUGACUGCAACUACAGCAACCUGGACCGCUUGAAGAAGGAUGCUGUCUGGGACGAAGACAGCGCCACCUGGAGACUGCCAGAUGUGAUGGUGCAGAAAACAACACUGCCUUCAGCAGGUGGAGGAGGACAGGUACAAGCAAAUGCUGGACAGAAGUGAGAGUGAGAAUAUUGCCAGCAGCUACUUCAAGUCAAAGAGGGCGAGCCAGCUCCUCGGAAGUGACACCGCAAAAGCCCACGUUAACGUGGCAGGCCACCUUUCCGUGAGUGGCUCUAACAUGAAUCUGUCUGUGAGCUCAGACGCCAUCCUGCCUCGCCCCUUCCGUCUGGAGUCGCUGGAUGUCCCAGUGUCCAACGGUAAAGUGAAGCGCAAAAAAAGCAAAUCUCACAUCCAUAAUGAGGCGACUUAAAUGGACUGUGACCAACAUAUUUGCAGUUUUCUACAAUGACACUUUUGAUGACUCAUCAAAAAAUAAGUGUUGUAUAUGUAUAUCUGACUGUGAAUCAGUGUAUGCUUUUAUGACGGCUGCUAUCUAGAUUUACACAGGACCCAUUUAUUGCCGAUGUUACAAGUCCAUUUGCGUCAUGAGUUUUUAAUUAUUAAUGUUAAUUUUUAACUCAUUGCUACCUACUGUAUGAUGCUUCCUCGGUUUUUCUUUUCUUUUUUGCACAAGACAUAAUUUAAUGUUUGUUUGA